AGACUUUUAUUUAAUGAACUCUGAAGUCGUUACAUGAUUGCAGUGAAAUGAAAUGAUAAUUUUCGUUUAGAGGGUUCGAGGGAUGUUAUCAGACACAGUUUCUGUGGGGAAAUGUUGAAUGCCAGCCUGUGCCUGUCACCAGACUCGGUCUCUGGAGGUUUAAUGUUUAAUCUCUGCUCCGGCUUCCUGCUGCAGUGCCUCUGACUCACUGUUAACAGUCUUGUUUUUACUUUGUGAAGCCAUUUUAGCACAGCCAUACCCACUCACAGCAAACCAGACUAUUCUGACAACAAGUUGGUUUGAUAUUGUCCUCUAAGACGACUGUAGCCUACAGCUACUAGAUCUUGAUUUUCUCACCAGCUAACAGCAAAAUGACAGACCUUGGCAGACCAUAUUCGGAUGACAUCUCAUCCUCACAAAGUGAAGAUUUCAACAGAGCACAUGCAGAGGAGGAUCCUUCUGAAGUUCACAAUGGUGACAAUCCUGAGGACUCGAGCUACUCUCUUUAUGAGCAGAGCCACUCAGACAAGGAAGCUGAGAAGACGAAGAAAAGUGCCUUGCUGAAAUCUUGGACUAGUGUGUUUAAGAAACGGAAGAAAACUGAUUCUGAAACGCAAUCCACAUCAUCAGGGGAAAUGAAGGUACUACCCAACGGCACAAGAUGUAGUCCACCUGUUUCUCCAUUGUUGGACAGAAAAAACUGGGCUGUGCCUACAGGUGACCUCAAGCCAAACGUCUCCCCAGGUUCAGCGGGAUACAAAUAUGACACACUUGAAUCUGAACUGACCAGUAUUCAUCCAGCAGAGUACUACGCUGAGAAGUUAGAGGUAUACCAGUUAAAAUACUCCUAUCUGAAGUCUUGGCCCGGCCUUUUAAGACUGCUAACUGGCCUUCAGCUGGUGUUCGGCGGGAUGGUUUUCGCCUGUGUAUGUGCGUAUAUUCAAAGAGACAGUGAGUUUUCCAACUAUUACAGACCAAAUUAUGGAUUGGCUGGUGCACAAGGAUACCAUUACAAUGGCCCCUUGACAGUCUUUGUGUUGGCCAUUGUUGGACUCUCAUGGUUACUGACCAUUAUUCUGCUGGUUUUGGGAUUAACAAUGUAUUACAGAACGAUCCUGCUAGAUUCCAAAUGGUGGCCUCUUACUGAGGCGAUUACGAAUCUGGUCAUUUCGCUGCUGUACAUGGCAGCGGGUAUCGUCUACGUGAACGAUCUGAAUCGUGGUGGGCUUUGCUUCAUGACGGUUGGCAUUAACCCAGUCCUGUCUAAUCUGUGUCGUGUCGAGGGGGGUCAGAUGGCUGGGACUGCAUUUAUAUUCAUUAACAUGGUCAUGUACUUGAUAAGCUUCCUAGUGUGCCUUAAAAUGUGGAAGCAUGAAGCUGCCCGCCGCGAGAAGGAGGCCAUGACAAGCCAGCUGAACAGCCAGUUACAGCAGCAAACUCUGGAAUCCACAUCCAAUAUGGGCAGCUCCUCAACUAGAUCCAAGAAAAUUUCAUUCAGAGAUGAAAUGGAUCAAAGCUCUGUGAAUAAGAGCAGACUGAGAGCUGAAGAAAGGAAGAUUUUAACUGGAGCUAUUCCAACAGGACACAUACCUAAACCCAGAGUCAUCGCUGAUUAUAUUAUAAAAUAUCCUGAAAUUCAUUCAGUAGAGGACAGAGAGCAAUACAAAGCAGUUUUUAAUGACCAAUACCAAGAGUACAAGGAUCUGCACAGAGAAAUCACUGCCACUUUAAUGAAGUUUCAGGAAUUAGACAGCAUGAUAAGUCAACUCGUCAAUAACAGGAGAAACCCUGAGGAGAGUAAGAGAAUCAAUGGCUUACUGAAAAAAUAUGAUCAAAAAAAGAAUGACCCAUACUUUUUGGAGAAGAAGGAACGGUGUGAAUAUCUGAAAGGAAAACUAAGCCACAUCAAGAUGAGGAUUCGUGAUUUUGAUCAAAAUUUCACUGCAAAGGACAGCAAUGACUAAAACAUUCUUUAUUGUACAAUUAUUAAUACGGCGUGUUCUUUUCUCUUUUUUUACUGUAAGGAAUGAUGGCAGUUUGGCUCAAACUAAUCUAUAAACUCAUAUAUCUUUACUUUACACUGUCUGUUUAAAAUGUGUAUAAUAUAUAUAUAUACACUACAUAUAUAUAAACACUUACAAAUAAAUAAAACAAUAACUAACUUUCUUUUAGUCUCAUUAACUUUCGACCUACUAAAGAGCCAAUAAGGCUGAUUGUGUCUGUAGCAACGGGUUGGAUCAGGUUUAGAGUUUCAGGCCCAGGUCUUUCACACGAGUCCCCAUGAGCAGCAGCUGUCACAUGGAUGAACUCAAACACUAAACAACACUUGAUGGAAAACUGUCAAGCUUAGAAAAGCGGGAUCAAGGUGAACAAGGAAAAGCCCAGUGGCUGUUGUGUUACAGUAAGUUACAUAAUGUUUCAAUUAUUUACCACAAAAUGAUAGACCUUUUUAGAAUUGAUUUUAGUCAACGCAAAAGUGCAAAACGCUGAAAUGUCGAAGUACUUGCUGUCAUAUCAUACCAACUGUAGAUGUCACAAAUAAGAUGUGAUUUUGUGACUGUUAUAUGCUCAGACCAAUCUAAAAUGAUAUGUUUAUUUUCAAGAGGAAAGUUGUAAAAUACAAAACCUCCUUUUUUUUCUUGAAUAGCUGUCCCAUCUACAUGCACCUGUGAGGCUGUACAAAACUUGCUAGGUUGUUUUUUUUAGCUUUUGAAUUAUUUAUUCACUCUUUUCAAGUUACCACAGGUGUGCAGCUCACCAUCUCUCUAAAGCAUAAUUAACUAAGAGGAUACGGUAUUUGGAAUAUUUCUGUUAGCAGUGCAUCUCUUCACCUCUUUUAUUCACAUAUGAUGUCUGUAUAUUGCACUUUUGGGAUGCAUCAGAAAUGCGAGGAAGGAAACUUACAGCAUGGAAACCCCCAAUGACUGAAUCUGCUCAUGUUUCUCUGAAUUAUUCAGGGCAUCUCAUCUGAAUUGCAGUAGCCUGAUGAAGGGAAUGAUGUUUAAAGCUGGACUCCAGAGUGUGAAUGUUGUUUGUGCAUUAAAGAGGUGUGUUAUCUUAAUUAUACUGUUGGAACUCUGAAAGUUCCUGUAGAUCUACGGAUAGAGUUGUGCGCAAACAAUUGUAUUUUCGGAAUCACAGGAAAAAAAUAUAGUGGUAAAGUGUAUAGUUUAAAUGCAAUUGAUGAAAAUUGAUAAGCUAACAGUGCAGUUUGUGCAUUUGAGAUUGUCAGUGUUUUGGUGACGGAGGUACACUGGUAAUUGGACAAGUGACUCUUUAUGAGUGAGUCAUCAAAUGAUUCUACUCACUAAUUACUCACUAAUGAAUUGUUUUGAAUGAGUCAUUGAAUCAGUCAGUAAACUGAUUCAUUCGGAAUCAUUGACUGAUUCAGAAAGGCUGUGUAUUGCUCUGUAGAUGAUUCAGUAAUUAAUAAUGCUUUGUCCUGUUGUAAAAUUGUUUCAUCUGCAUAGAAUAAAUGGACAGGAUGUUGUAUGAAAACAGUAUCAUUCGCUGUUAUGACAUCUUUGUUACUGUGGAAUUUAUUGGAAUGCUGUAUUGACUUGUCCCUUGUUUGAUCUGUACAGUUAAACUGAGCACUGUUCUUCAGAAAAACCCUCCAUGCAUUAAGAGCCAGGAACAGGGUAAAUUUAACUUAUUUUGCAGCUGGAGGACCAAUUUGCAACUUAUUAGGUCAAUUGGCAACAUGAUUGGGUGUAAAAAGAGCCUCUCAGAGUGGCAGUGUCUCUCA